AUGGAAAAUAUAGCUAGGAGUCUCUUUUGGACAAUUGGUUUCACAUUGAUGUUUGCUGCGUUCUGUACGUCAUCCCCUUUAACAUUCGAACUAGGUCCGCUCGAAGAGGAAUGUUUCUAUCAAACGAUAGCAGAACCAGACUGUACUAUACUCUAUUACUUUACGGUUCAACAGAGUUAUACCAAUAAAUUUGAGCUUGACUACAAAGUAUUUGGCCCCAAUGGCGAAUCAAAGCCUUUAAUUGAGAGAUCCAGAGUAAAACAGGAAGAAUGGCAGUUCAGGGUGCAUAACAAAGGCGAAUACGCCAUAUGCUUCAAAGAAAUAUCUAAUAGUAAUAAGUUCAUUGAUAUGGAGUUCGAACAUCGGUGUGAGAAUGCUCAGACAACUGCGGAGUUGGAACAGACACAGAAACCUGUAAAGAAUAGCAUAUACAUUACGGAAGGUUAUUCGAUACAGGAGAUGUUAAAAGGCUCAAUUGAUAGAAUGGAACGACAAUUCAAUGUUCUAAAGCAUACACUGCAAUAUUACAAAACUAGGAACAAUAGAAACUAUCAUACUGUGCAGUCAAUUUUAAGCAGUGUAGUUAAAUUUUCAAUGUACGGUAUAUGGAUAAUUCUAUUGAUGGCGUUUGCUCAGAUAAUUAUUAUCCAAUGGAUUUUUAAUAGAUCGCAAGUUAUCAAAAGCUGA